AUGAUACGAGCAAACCAAAACGAUGAUGAAAAUCGCUCGCAAAAAGCAACGAAGCAAAUUAACAUUUCGCGCUAUGCUGGCGACCAACCUCUACUUUUACCACCAAUUCCAUUUGCAGCAAAAUUCGCCCGACAGUUAAUCAAACGAACAAUGAGAGUAAGAGAGGAAGAAAUCGAUACGUAUGGAAGAAGCCGUUUGGUGCAAAAAUAA